AUGACAAAACCCAAAAACCACAUGUUCAAGUGUUUGUGUCCUCCCAAAUAUGGCGGACCUCUCUGUGAAGGUGCGACAAGAAUUGUAAACUGCAACAACCUUUUUUCAUUUAUCCUGGACAAUACAAAUCAAUUUUUAGGUGACAAUUUUCCCAGACAAUGAUAUAUUUCUUUGAUAAGUAUUUAAUAUAUAUUUCUCUGGUAGACAGUUCAAGGGGCCGAUAAACGUUAUGUUCACACCACGUUCGCUAAAUAAUUUUCCAAAAAUGAACAACGUUUGAACAGAUAUAAGAUCAAUAACGACAAGGCAACGGCUUCAAGAGGUCACAGAGGAGCGUGCUUCCUUGCUAGCAGAAGUCUCUCCUCGUCGUUAGAGACUGCUAGCAGGGAAGAGCGUGCCCAUCUGCCAACCGUGAAUAUAUCACACAUUGCCGUUUUUCAGUAAUUGCAUUUUUCAUGUAAAAUUUGCACAAAUUUUUAUCCUGCGUUUGAUCCAACAAAAAUUGUCGAAAGAAAUUUUCACACCAAAAUUGCUUGCGCAGUGAACGCGUCCAGAACACGUGUAAAACUCCAAAUAGAAUAAAUGCUCAGAUUAGACAUCCUGGACUCUCAUUUAAACAUUUACAAGCCUACAUAAGUUAAGCCUUACUGAAAGAUGUACGUGCGCAUCGUGGUUAUUGCACAAGUUUGGAGUCCGUCUAGGAGGAGGGGAGUUCUCAUUGUAGAGUCAAAUGUAAUAAAUGACUGAAAAACGAAAGGGAGCAAGCCCAGGUGUUCGUUACUAAGAGAUAUCUGUAUCUUAAAGCUUGUCAAGAUUGAGCAGCAGAUUGUUGACGCAAUGACUGAAUCCUUUACGAAUUUAAGCUGGAAAAUUGAUAAAAUGCCAAUGAUAAUAACAAAAUAUAUGUAUGGUUUUAACAUUAGUGUCCGUUGAUAUAAUUUUAAAUCAUUGUGUUCUUCUUUGGUGCAAUUACUUCUUUCAGAUACAUUAUUUUGUUACUAUAAUCCGUGUAAAAAUGGAGGCACGUGUGAGGAACACGGAAUAGGUUAUAAAUGCAGAUGUACACCAGGGUUUGAGGGACAAACUUGCGAAGGUGAGGACAUCUCUUCCAUUUAUAGCUUUGUAAGAGUAUUCACAUUUCAUCGAAAUCAUAUUUAUAAGUUUGUUUAUUGUGAAUAGGUCUUGCAACAUCCAUGGCUAGUGCAAGAAUAAUUAGAUUUAUUUACUUCUUAGAAAUCGACCAAAUUAUGAUUUUUCUAUUUUUUUUCGGUCACAAUUCUCCUUUCAUCGUAGAUCGCAUGUCAAACAAAAUUUCUCCAUCAAUACUAUUUGAAACAUGCAUGUCUUUUGUCAAAAUGUUGGUGUCUUGUGUAAUGAUGCGUUUGUUCAUUCAACAGAACGGAAUUUUUGCAAGCCCAACCCUUGCUCCAUCCAUGCUAAAUGUGUAGAGACUCAAGACAGUUUUAAGUGCAUCUGUGAAGAGGGUUAUAAAGGAGAGAAAUGUAAAGGUAAUGAGAUACUGUUUCAUAAAUAGAUAACAGUUGAAUCCAAGAUUUCUGCUAUUCUCUUCACCAAAAUCACCAUUGAUAAUCAUCAUCAUCAUCAUCAUCAUCAUCAUCAUCGUCGUCGUCGUAGUCGUCGUCAUCGUCAUUAAAAUCAUCUUCAACGUAAUAUUUAAGGAAGGGUUCUACAUUCUGCUCAGUUUCUUGUAUCUUAGGGAUUUCUUGUAGAAAUGACUUGAUUUGCUUUUCAGGCGGCCAUCCUUUUCUAAUCAUUACAAGGCUUUUAUUUAUGUUUGCUGCUUUCUUUUUAUCCACACAAUGUACAUGUUUGUAAUUGUCCUAUCAAAUUUCUUUUGCUGCAAGAUGACUGUUUGCUGGACAGGCUUUACCCUUUUUUUUUUCAGUUAUUAUUAUUUUUUAAUUUGGCCUGUUGACCUUUAUUCCAUUACUAUCCUGUAACAUUAAGGGUGGCGAAAGUGUUUCGUUUCAAUGUUAAAUGCCUGGAUAUAUGAUAAAGGUUAAGUUACAUGUAAAUCCUUAAGGGCGUUUAUUACGGCUUGUACAAUUCUUAUACUGUAGACCCUGAUGAAAAAUUCUGAAAAAAUGUCUGUACAAUUUCUUUCAGAUAUCGAUCCAUGCAACCCAAAUCCCUGUCAAAACGAUGGAAUAUGUAAAGACGUACAAGGGGAAGUUCAGUGUGAAUGCAAACUUCCUCAUAAGGGAACAUUCUGCACAGGUCAGUUUCUCGUCACAAUAGCGUGGGAUGCCUCCUACGGUCUAUCUAGCCUAAAUACCACUAAUUGAAGCCAUCGUUUGUUUAAAUUUUGUACAAAAUCGCAAGAUUUGCAUAGCUUCAUAGGAAAAGGGAAUGACUGUAUCAAUUCACUUAAAGUGUACAGUUAGUGAAUAUAAGAUUAAGUAUGAUUACCAUAUUAAAGUCUCACGAGUUAUGGAAGACAGUCAUGACCAACUAUUUGCAAGGAUUCUUAAUUGAGGCAGACUUGAAAAUAUAUGGACGUUUUCGAAAUACCUCGGACUAGUAACUUAAUGCUCGGGUCGGACGCAUUUAUGGGCAGGUGCAGCCGUAGCCUGAGUGUUUUGCUAUCAUGCAAACAGAAAUGUGCGCCACUGCAAAGAAAGUAGUCUUAAAGUUGGUAUAAAAGAGGGUCUCAAUGGGGUUAACCGAUAGGCGUAAAACGGCCAAAAAUUUAGUCGAUAGCCGUAAAAAUUGAAAAAUUUUAACCGUUAGCCGUAAAUAGGGUAAAAAGAGUUAACCGUAAAAGAAAUUGUUCCCUAGAUUUGCUACUUUUAAGGAAGGUACUAAACUCACUUAUGUUUGCGUUUUUUAUUUCCCUGCUACUGUGGCUCCGUACGCACGUUAGGUAAAGCGUCUUUUAGGUGUUGACCAAGACCCUGGUUCCAUUUCCGCCGCUCUCUCGGGGAACUAAUUUUUUUUCCAUAGCAAAAGUGUGGCUUCUUGCUGGGGAUUAAUAUUUGCGAUUUUCAGGAGGUCGUGCCCUCGAAACACUAGUGAAACAACACGCAGAGAUGUCACUGUUGUAAAACACGUUGCCGAUAAACAACAUUUCCCUGUUUUUCUCUGACGCUACGGUAGACAUUGCCAUGCCUAGUCCCUGUACGGCGUCUUCCCACGCAAUCUCGGCCAAGGCAUUUCGGUGGCGAACUCGCUUGGACCAUGUGACCCGAAACGCAUUAGCCGCACGAAAUAAUGAGGCCUACGGACAAGGCAACGGCUGACAGUGGUUCCGUACAGUCCUUCGCUAUCAUUAAAAACACUGGACACGGGAAUUUUGUUAUUGGCCGUUUUCACACUGGAGCUAGAAACGGAUUAUCCGUCUGAGACUAGCCUGUGUACAGCCACCCCCUUCCCGACAGACCUCCUUCUCCGAUUUUUUUCUGAGAGGAGAGGGCGGCUGUACACAGGCUAUCUGGAACGGAUAAUCCCGUCUUCAAACUGUCCGUCGAAAUUGAUGGAUAAAGUCAGGCGGAUUGUUCAUUCAAAAUUAAAACGAUUCCAUUUUCAAAUUAAGACGUAUUACCCAUCUGACGCGAAUCAUCAAACGGAUAACCCGUCUCACACGAAUAAUCCGUCUCUAGUGUGAAAACGGCCCUUUCUGUUGUAAUGAAUGUCGCGCCCCGACCUUGAGUUGGGCGUUCACGUGUGUGCUUUGCUUUUUCACAAAGAUCAUUUUUAAAUUGACUAUUGACAUUUCUAUAUGUAAAAUAAUAUUGAAAAUGGAAUACUUCAAAAAAAGUUUGAUCUAUCAAAUGUUAAAAUUUUUCAAAAGAAUAGCUUAUUUCACAUCCCUAGAUGAUCUUAAGACCUUUAUUUUGCUUUAAAGGUACAAAAAAUACAGGUUAAUUAAUAUUUAACUUUUUGAAACAAAAACAAGCUAAUUGUUAACUUUUUUGUUAACCGUAACUUAAAAAAAUUAGCCGAUAGCCGUAAAAGAGCGAAAAUUUUAGCCGAUAACCGUAAAUGCCACCACCCCAUUGAGACCCUCAUAAAACGGUGUCUUAAAUAUUUCUCCAUUAUUAUUGCCUCAACAAUACAAUAUAGGGACAGUCAAUCGAUAAUUCAAGCCUUUAAUGAAGCUAUAGUAUAUAAAUUUGUCGUAUUGGCUGCAUUAAGACAGAAUCCAUUAGGAAACUGAGUAAUUUUGAUUUUCAAUGGACGAAAUCCUUGUACCGGAAUAAUUUUAAAGCGCAUUGCAUUCUUUUUUACAUUUUUCAAGGGCUAUAGAUGUAACUAGCAUGUGUAAUAACACAAAAGAAAAUUUCUCAUGGGGACCCGAGAAAAUAUAUGUCAAAUUUAACAAAAUAACAGCUUGCAUAUGAAAUUUUCAGAAUUUUACCUGUGUUUUCACAAUCCUAAUGAGAUUUGGCAUUCAUUUUCUCGGGCUCCCAUAAGAAAUCUUCUUUGGUGUUAUUACAGGUACCUAAUUACAUGUCUAACCCUUGAAAAAUGCAACUACUCUUUAAAUUAUUCUGGUACAAGGUUUUUGUCCACUGAAAAUUAAAAUUACUCAAUUUCCUGGUGGAUUCUGUCUUAAUUUUCUGUAUCCUUUAUUUUUCACAAGAGACACUUGUAUGCUAUCAUAACCCUUGUCAUCAUGGUGGUACUUGCGUGGAGAAUCCACUAGCACCUUGUGUCUGCCCAAAUGGAUAUAUCGGCCCUCACUGUGAAGGUAACAUCUUAGGCCAAAUCUUGCUUUGAAGCAACACCAAACACCCGAGGGUAAAUAAAAUCUUGUGUCCAAUUCAUUUGUGUCUCUUUACAGGUACAUACGCCUAUAAAGUAGCCAGGUACAGUUGAAUCUCGAUUAUCCGGACUCGUUGGGACUUCAGUAAAUACAGUGUAGUCCAGAUAAUCGUAAAAUAAGAAUCAAGUUAAUGAGACAAUAAUGAGACGGGGUGCGGCGGUAUGCGCAAGCUAUAUUGGUUAAAAUGAUUGAAUAUAUACUGUGAAACCAAACGCUAAAUGAAGUACGCGCAAGUCCUGUGCAAUAACAAGGGUAGAAAGAGGAACAAAUAUGAAUUUAGGUCAAAGAAAACUUGCCGGCUCGAAAAAUAUCAUGUCAGUAAGGCUCACUGGCGCAGAGACAACAUCAUCUCACGUAGAAAUCAAAAUCAUUUUGGUGCGAAUACAAAUAGACUAUCAUUUUUGCUAAAACAAUUUUUAAAAUGACAGCAAUGAACCAAAGAAACCGUUCGUUUUUGUUGAAUUUACAAAGGUGCUAGGUUUAAUGAAGAAACGCAGUAAAAUAUUACUAUAGUUAAAGUUAUGUAUUAACCGUAGGAAAUGCCCUAUACCCGAGACACUUAAAUUUCUCAAGCAUGCUAAGGCAUGGCUCAAGUUUUGAUCUCGAUGCCCCGCGAGGAUAAAGCUGUUUUUCUUUUACGGCCAUGCAUUUUAAUUCUAGAUAUAACUUUCUUUGAAGGCGUUGAAUUAAUUAGGGUUGAAGUGAUGUAGUCACGUGAAACGUGACGUCAUAAUGAUAUUCAAAAAUAAAUUCAAAAUAGGGUAGGAAUGGUUGAUUACAACUAAAUAUGAACCAUGUGUAAAUGUUUGUUUUACCGUACGAAUUUUUCCAUGGCCGGAACGGAGAGAAUUUUUAAUUUCUUAAAGAGAUAUUAACAGGCGAAGAGUGUCACUUGUCCUACUUUGCUUAAUUACUAAUUAUAUGAAAAAAAGAGUCAACCAUUCCGGCCAGAUUCAAGCGAGAAAUGAUGAUACAAUAACAAAAAUACUGUAUGUAAUAUAUACUGUGUGGCAUCUCGUCACCCUAUUUUUAGUUUUCUCUUCUUUCCUGGGCUCGACCAUAAGUGGUCACGUGACACAGGUAUCUGUUUUCGUACGUUACAGGAAAAUUAAUGUUACCGAAUUUCCCGAGGUUGCCAAAUUUUGGAAGGUUCCGAUAAAUUUUAACAAAGUUAUGAUCAUUAUAAGAUUUUAUGCAAAUGAGCCCCAGGCCAUGCCUUAACAUGCGUGACAAGUUACAUGACGUCACAGUAAGAUUUCAUUAUAUCAUUAAUGAUGGCCUGCUUUGCUUUAGAUCACGUGUGUCACCCGAACCCGUGCGUCAACGGAGGGAGCUGUCAGGUUGAAAGCAACACUGGGCACCAAAGAUGGACUUUCAAAUGCGAAUGUCCACUAGGGUUUAUUGGAAAACUGUGCCACAGUAUGUAACAUAUCAUGGGUAUCAAGCAUUUCUUAGGAUUUUAGGGUUCGGUCUUCCCCUCUCUUUUCAGAAACGCUUGAUCGCCGAUAAGUACCAAACUGAUUCUACAAGAAGACCUUUAUGUUAACAUAGACGUUUAAACUUUUUCAAUUUUGGUGAAUAUUCCCCGUGAGGUUUUCUUAGAUAGUAUUGCUGGUUUUCAGUGUCACGUCAUUAAAAAUAGAUCAAAAUAAAAAUCAAAACCAUUCGACAGAUAAAGUCCAGAAACCCUCGCCAAGAUUUGGGUCGAAGGAAUAGUUUGUAUACGAGAUAUCCGAGGAAAUGUUUUACCCAAAUUUAUAGAGCUUUGUACGGAGACGCCAUGCUGGAGCUCAUCCGGAUGAGCUCCAACAUGGCGGACGGAAACCAACAGAAACAUCUGUCACCUAGUUUUGCUACAAAAGCGGGAAUUUACUCCUAGAGGAACUCAUAAACAUUAAAGUAAUACUUUUUCUAAUACUUGAACUGUUUAGAUAGCAAAAUUUCCCGAAAAAAAGUCACUUUUUUAAACCUAAAUGACAGCUCUCUCGGCCGUCAUGUAAAUCAGGUAAAUGCUGUGUCACGCAAAAGCUUAGAAAUUCAAGCGUACUCUAUUACAAAACCAAGAACCCUUUUGAAGCGAAAAUUUGUUUGAAAAUUAGUUUUCAGCUGCUCUAAUACACCAUGAAAGUAAAAUCUCAGUAGGAUCGAUAGUUUUGCAGUUUGAAUUUUAGUGACUUCACGUGAAAACCAAGAAUCAUUCGUUAUAACAGACAUAUUUAUUGCAGGCAGUAUAAGCAAGAUUGAACUACCAGGAUAAACCCAUUCUUGUCCGGAAGGUUAUCUACUAAGAAGAAAGAGACAGGCUAUCUAUCGGGAUACAUGUACAGUAGGUCGAGAGAAUCUAUUCUGUGGUGACGAGGAUGCGAAGACAGGCAUGCAUGUUCAUAAGAAGCUAAAAUAUUCUCAUAUUUCUAUUCCCAGUUCCGCAUCCAUGUUUAUUCUUUGUUUGUUUAAAUGGUGGAACCUGCUUUGACGGACAAACUACACAAGAUGUAGCUACAGACUUAGAACUGACUUCUCGACCCUUGAUGAAUGCUGUCUGCCACUGUUUGCCUGGCUUUACAGGGAAGAGAUGCGAAAGUAUGUAAACUGCAUCUGGAAUGUCUUGCUUGUAUUGGAAUCGUUCCUGAAAUUGGGAUAAGCGGGUUGUAUCACUGAAUGGGGCAGAAAAUUUCCACAAAACGUUACGAAUAACGACAGGAGCCGAUUGGAGGCUGCCAAUGGUAAAACAGCUGCAAACAGGAAGUGUAUCGGUAAAAUUUGAUGGGUUGAAGAAGAGAGAAAGCAUUAACAAUCGAAUUGAUAGUUUUCCUGUGGUGCAAAGGUAUUUGCUUUUUUACUUAAAGGGGCUAUGUCACCCAACACGCAUGCGCGAGCCAAUGAAAACAAACUUGAAAAAGACAGCCCAACUUUUUCAAGUUGUGUCGGAGAUUUUGGAAGGCUUUUUUUAUCUGUCUAAAUCUCAGCCAUCGUUCGAUAGUUAGCGAAGUUUUGUAUUAAGAAUCAUUCUAUGGUGAUUACAGAACAAUUUUUUGGCGUUAUUUUAAAAUUGUUUGCCUGUGGAAUGUUUUUACGUGGAUUUACUGUGUCCUCUUAUCAGCGGCCGUUGUAAUGGCAGAGUUAAUGACGGCUACUCCACAAUGAGUGAUGGAAUCUUUGAUGGAAUCUUCCCUAUAGUUCACAGGACCUUUCUAUUGAGUUAUUUUAGAGGCUGCUGGCUCUUGGAUUUUUCUUGUACUCAAAGUAUGUGGACAUAUAAUGAAGCGGCUAUCGAGUUGGCGGCGGCCGUUUUUUGUAAACGAUUACAAGAGCAUCAGGCCAUGAGUUUCGUGACGAAACUAAACUCCUGGCGAAGGAAACAUUCUAAAAUUCGGCUAGAUUCCUUGUUGUAUUUAUCUCGAUUCACGGCAAAGAUAAACACGACCGUUUGCUCGUCCAGAUUGUUCUCAACGGACUUAGAGAGGCACCUUAGUACGAGUUAGAUCCUGUAAAUGCCAUGUUUUUGAACUGUUUGUGUUGGAGCAUAAUUUUGGAAAAUAGCAGAGUUUGCUUUCCCUUUUUAUCAACGGACUGCUUAUAGUGGAGUAGUAUACCAAUGAUGCUGGGUUUUUCUCGACGUCGCAGUGAUUCGGCACGAUCGAACAAUUUUGCGCGAAAAUGUAUGUUUCCCUAAGAUCAAAACAAAGACUUGGUCUCUUGUUCUAUCAGCAUCUAAAUUAUAAAAUCAAUAGCGACAGACAAGUCUAAUUGUUAAUGAUUUGAAACAGUCUUGGUCUUUAUCUUCGGUCUAGCGUCUUUUGUAGCUCGUUUGUAAAAUACAACUUCCAUUUAUUUUGUUGAAUAAGACAAUAUUUUGUUGUUGAAUUUUUGUUUGCGCUCUAUUUUAUGAAUGGCAUGCGUUUUUACUUCAAAACUACAAGUAAAAUUGUCGUCGCAAUUUUAUUCUUUAUCUAGCAUAACCAGAGAAGAAACGUUCCAUACAUUCUAUCGAAAUAUCCCUUAUCUAAACCCAUUUCGCUAAACCUCUCUAAAUUCGGAACCUUGGACGUGACAGAUAACAUGAAGAAAGUCACGCGUUAAAAACAAUAGCAUUUUGACAGUUGAAAGUAAUUUGCAUAACCUCACAGCGCACAUGGAGAAAGUCACGCGUUAAAAACAAUAGAAUUUUGACAGUUGAAAGUAAUUUGCAUAACCUCAGAGCGCAUGCUCUCCAGCUGACAUAGCCCCUUUAAGGAAGAUGUCCGCUUACAACAGUUUGUAACAGUAUUGCAUUGACGUAGAAUCUUUGUUUUGUAAUGGUAGUCCCUUUCAGUGGCGGUAUUUUACGAGAGGUUGCCGCACACGAAAGACUGUGUUCAGGCUCCCCCUUACCUAUAGUUUGAGGGGGGAAGCGGCUGUAUACAUGCUCGAGGGAUAAGGUCGUAUUGUCCACAUGUAACCUGAGAUCAGGUGUAGUUUUAGAGAUAUAGGGAGGGUAUGAUCGAUGGCUAAUCCACAUGUUAGCGUAAUAAAUGUAGAAUAAUUUUUGAUUAUUUGGUUUCUUUUGCUUUUUUAGCUAAAAUAUGUGACAUGUGCCACGUAAACGCUACCUGCAUCAAUAACCGUUGUGUAUGCAACGCCUGCUUCAUUGGAAAUGGAUUUCAAUGUGAAGGUAAGCAGAGUAUUAUACACAGUGUGAAGAGUACAAUUUUUCAAGGUAACACGGUAGACUCAAAGAAUGGCCCACUGCUUUGAAGGCAAAUUAGACAUACUAGACAAAAGGAAUUUCUUAGAAUUUCGAAAUUUUGUUUCUGUUACCGUAAGGUGAAGGUGUCGUCUUCUCACGAACUUUAAUGUGCUAAGGUCAAAAAUUAACUGAAGUUAUUCGAGUAACAGUUGGCAAGACUUAAUUGUGCACCCAUAUUCUUGCUACUGAUUGAUUUACUACCUCCCCUUUAUCAAACAGGUGAUUAACUGAUUUCUUAUAUAUUUUAUGUCUUUUGUGUUUACUCAUGUCAGAAAUCGACAACCCGUGUAAGCCAAAUCCUUGUAAGAAUCUGGGAGUUUGUACUUUGGGACCUGAUAGGUCUUACACAUGUGAAUGUAACAAGGGAUAUUGUGGGCCACACUGUGAAUGUGAGUUAAAAAUUUAUUUUUAAAUACAUUUCAUACGUUCGUUUUAUACAUUGUAAACUAAUCGUCAUUAUCGGUUAAUUGGAUAUGUGAGUCCUUUAGUAUUUGUGAGAACGUUGUCCCACAAUUUUUCUCACGUUCAACGAUAGCGCACAACAAUGUCGCUGGGUGGUAAAUGCGCUGAUCUAACAAAUGGAAAUUCACCUUGGAGGGAAAAUAAGGACAGUUGUAUUACAUUUUAUGAAAUCUUUAACUACAGAAUCGCACGUUUUUUCCAUAUAAAGUUGACAUAUUAACUUCUCUUUUCUUUUUGUUUGUCAAUGUGGCAAUUUUUAACAGCAUUAUGCGAUCCUUGUGUGAGCAAUCCCUGCCAAAACAAUGGAACAUGCACACCACAUGGCAAUUUCUAUGUUUGCACGUGUUCACCAGGUUUCACAGGAGUUAACUGUGAGCGUAAGUACACCAGCAUCGUUGUGGCGUGCCCAUAAAACGUUUUUUUUCACCAUGAUAGGUUUUAUGGGCCGUUACGUGUCGAAGAUGUUCUAACGUACAGCUAGACAAAUUUAUACAUAUUUAUAGCAGUUUGAGGCUGCAUUUACACUAUACUGGAUAUAGCUUAAAAAAAUGCUCCUACCUAACUAUAAAUACCUGUUCACACUGCAACGAAGAGUGUCAAAGAAACCUAUUCAAUAUGUCUUGAUAUAAUUUCAAGACCAGUACGGCGCAACAGGAAUUCUACGCUUCUUUUACAGAGACCUCUCCGAAAUCACCUUUCUUACCUGUGAACAAAAGUCUUUACGAGAUGGCUUUUUUCCUGGAGCACGAGCUAUCCAUGGUUAGACAUUUUUUAGCCUCAUAAAUUAUUGGAGAACUGAAAGUGCAUAGCUACUUAUAUAAUGUUUUUCAUUAUUCCUAUUUUUUUUAACAGUAGUUUUAAUUUGGGUAAUUCAACCAGUAAAGUUUUGAAAAGUUCAGAAAUAAGAUUUUUGAUUUUUACACACUUCAGUUUCUACGGGUUACUUAACCUGACUAAUUAUUGUUCUUUCAGUUACUUUAGCAAAUCCGUGUGAUUCACAGCCUUGUUUGAAUGGAGGAACGUGUGAGAAUGAUAUAGCCAAGAAUGAUUACCGCUGUUCCUGCAAAGGAAAAUUCACGGGAAAAAAUUGUCAAGGUAUUUGACUCAUUACAGUCUUUAUGGUGUAUAUAUAAGCUUGCCUUUCUUAAAAAAAAAGAACCUUCUUACUCACUUCACCAAUAGUAGUAUAGUCUGGACCGGUUAGUCCGUUUUUUGGGGCAGGAAUUUAAUUUUAUUAUUGACAGCAGGAUCACAUUAGCCCCGAUAACGUCAUAGCCUUUCUUUUGAUUUCACAGAUAAAAUGCGGCGGAAUGAAAUAAAGUUUAAGUCUUGUUUAGGUUGGUUUGACGGUUGGGCAGGCUUCCAGAUCUAUGAUGCCAAAGUUUAUUUAAAGUUGUGAGCACUUGUCCUUACUUGGUCAUCGUGUCCGUUGUGGUAAAUUCACUGAAUCGUAACAUCAUUAGGCAUGUAAAGUUCUCCAGCUGCCUUUUUCGCCGUUUCGUUGUCCAUACUGAUUCUUCGCGCCAAAAUCGGGGAUAUUAAUUUCGGCGAGGGCAAACUAUUGUAGUUCAUUCUAGUGACUUAACUUUCACUCACGUAAUGAGUUACAAUAGACUGGGGAUGAGAAACGUCACUGUUUAGAAAUAAAAAACAUAUUGAUUUAAAAUGUUGUUUUUAGAGUGCAGCUGUCUUCAAGCUACUGCUCCUACCGGAGAACCUUUGGUUGCAAAAUGUGACCUCGAAGGAGGUUGUUACUGUCCAUCUUUUCAAGGUCAACUUCACACCUACUCGGCAGAUGAAGGUUGUCAGCCUGGUAAGAUUUGUAAGCGUCUAGUCACUCGACAACGAUCCACUACAUGGCAAUCCUUUUUUAUCAAACCGUUGAGAUGGUAUUUUAAUGAACUUUAUGAAAAUUCGCUUGAUCUAGCUCGUAACGUCGAGACCUGCUAUAUCGAGAGACUGUAGAACAGGUUUGGUGCCCUACGUAGACCAAAGGACUCCACACUAUACGCAAUGGCGAGCGAAUACAGUCAGCUCUUUCUUAGACGUGUUCUUGUAAUGAGGGCAUCCAGAUCGAGUUGUUCUUUUCUUCAUGUUGCUCUUAAGAACGGAUGAAUGAACUGCAAUGUCAGUUUAAGCAAGGUGUCUCUCAAGAGAGAUUUGACUCUAUCACCAAAUCAACUGCAGUAGUAAUACCAUGAAGGUAUCAAUAAUGGCAACCUAAGAAUCUAACCAUAAUAACCAAUAUUAACUUAAGUAUACACCAGGCCUUCAAAUACCGACUUUUAAAUUUAAUGUUACUGCGUGCUAACCACACCACCCUCUCAAGUGUAACGCACUACACUACCAUAUCAGCUGUUAAAAAAAUCGCGGGAAAUGGUAGUAAGAACAAUUUUAGGCCAGGUUAGAUAUCAUUAAUACAUGAAAAUAUUAUUAUAUUCAACUCUAUUAACUUCAUAAUUUCACUAGAAAACACGGUUAUUUCCUCUUACCUGUUGGAGACCUAGCGACAUCUUCACCUCAAAUACCAUUUGCGCGACUAGAUGUCGGGAAAAAACUGCAGGAAGGUCAAGACCAUGGCUCUCAUAUGAGUUUGGGCCUGAUUUUAAUGCCCUACCUUAUAAUCUGCUUCUUCGAACUCUCGGUUUUCUCUUGCCUUGCCAGAUUCUUUUGUUUAUGAUUACGUUUUUCUUUAACGAGCUGUUUAAGCCUUAUAACCAAACAUCUUAAAUUUAUGUUUAAAUCCAGACUGAACAUUAUUCCUUCAGCUUUUGAGGUACGAGGAUCGGAGCUGCGAAUCGCUAUAAAAUUUACUUUUCUAUGUUUUAACAAUUAAAGAUAAUAAAUUAACAUUGUUUCCUCUCUGUUUAAGAUAAGGGAAAUCCAUGCAAAUCUCAUCCUUGCAAAAAUAAUGGUUCAUGCUUACCACAGAACGGUGGCUUAUCUUUUGUGUGUCUUUGCCCAGACAAAUAUUACGGGAAAACCUGUGAAUGUAAGUCAUUGUUUGAUACACUAAACAAUAACCAUACAAACGUAUACUUACACUUCAAUCGACCUUCAAUUUUAAAUUUUGUCUUACAAUUUUGUUUAACAUCGUCAAAGUGAAUUCAAAGAUUCAAGACAAUUCUCUAGCCUGAUAUUGUUAAUGAAAAAUCAUAUCCGGCGAACUUCAGUAAAACCACGCUUUACAUAUUAUUUUGAGGUCUUCUUUUUUAAUGACUAUUGUCUCAGUCAGACGGUAAUCUUUAAACGGUAGCUCAAUAUAUUUUCAUAUUGUUGUUCUUUGUUUUUGAAAAUUUUAGGCACCCAAUGUCUGUGCAACAAUCCAUGUUUAAAUAAAGGAGUCUGCGUGGAUAUUUCCACCCACCUUGUUAAAUGCACUUGUCCUAGUGGUUUCACUGGGUACUUUUGCGAAGGUCAGUAAAAUCGGUUUACUCUUUAAAUCAUGCUGACGACCACAAUAUUUUUUGUAUGAAGUACAGCUAAGUCUAUGUAAUAAUCUCUAUCAUCAGCUAUGUAUGGCCACAGUUAUUACUUCAGUGAUGACAUGUGUUUCACUGUGGACUAGCAAAGCCUUUACUUUCCAUAUUGACUUGCAAAUGCAUUUUGUCGGCCUGCCAACAGCUGUCAUUCCUACUGUUGGUCCAGGAGCAUGUCACUCGAAUCCCUGUGUGAAUGGAGGAACUUGUGUUGAUAGAGCGUUUGGGUCUUAUGACUGCAUCUGCACCCCACAAUUUACCGGACCUCAUUGUGAAGGUAAAUACAAUCGCGGCAAACGUAACUGCCUUUGUUGCUAUGUUAAUCUGCUAUUUGGGUCAUGAUCAUCUGCAAAAAUAAUCUUUAUUCAGAUAAAAGGAUCGAUUAACAUAAAUAGAAAUGCCUUUAAAUCUGCCACCAAUUUCAAUUUCUUAUUCACCUUCCCUCGUAACUCAUCGCUUUAGCAUCAAAACUAUUCUUUAUCUUUAACUAUCUAGUUUAGGAUUUUCUAACGAAUAUUUGUUUUGGUACGCAAAAAUUAACUCAGCAUUGCCCACAUAUAUUUUGUGUCAACGACUCAAUUCUUCCCGGAGAUUACGAGCCACUUGUAUUGUACAUUUAACUUACCUCCUCUCAUUCCCUUCAGUUGAUAAAUGUGCUGACUGUGACACCAAUGCGGACUGUGUAAAUGGAAAAUGCCGAUGCAAGAUAGGUUAUGUUGGAACAGGAUACGCAUGCGUUAAAGGUAAUCUAGCUGCUAAGAACUGAAGAUGAUAGACAAGAGAGUUGUCUAUCAUCGUGCAGGCGGGACAUGUCUCAGUACAAACUCUCUUAUAGGCUAAGGCCUAACUUUUAACUUUUAAUGAGAAGAACUAAACUGGGUGGGUUACGUUCAUGAGAAGUUCGAUUUCUGUAUCAGUUAAGUUUGUCUCAAUGAGUUUGGGGGGGACCAACACGUUCUAUCCAUCUGCUUCAGUUGGUAAUGUUUUGUGGUUGAUUUGAUACUCAAUUAAUUCGAUGAAAGAUCCAACAGACAUUUAGGUCUACCCAAAUCAAAAUUUGUUUCGUCUCAUGAAAAGUUUGAAGUUUAAUUUUGGUUUUAUAGUGAGCAGUUAUUAGUUAUCAUUACUUCGUUCACUGCCAACUUUAGUCAUAUUUCUCCUGGACAUGUCCCAUGAAAUUAAACCUCAUGGGGGAAGUAUUGGGUAUAUAUAGCGCCAUGAAUGUUCCACUGUUGCUUCGGACCUUCGUAUGUAAAGUUUUUUUGUGCACGUGCGUUGGCAACCCCAAAUAACAAAGACUGGCGGCCCUUUCUACGUCCCUGCUAUGCGUAUCUCUAGCGUUUAUUACAGAGGCUUUGUUGCUGUUACCAAUAUUUCUGCAGCAUUUCUAUGCCGCAUGACCUUCGUGUUUCAGUCCACGUUUGCAUCAUCGGGCAGUUGAUCCAAAAUUGAUGCACCAGUGCUCAUGGCGUGCCUCAAAAACUUCAGGAAAGGCCGUGUAAUGCUAUACAAAGGUGUUCUUACAUUAAGAAAUUUAAAAUAGAAACUCUGAAACUACCAUUGCUAGUUUGCCGUCCAUUCCUUGGGCGCUCAGUUUUGAGGGAGAGAAAAAAACAAACAAAUAUGCAAACAACAACACUUUGAAUAACCGUGGACUUUUAAUUUCAGAUGAAAAAGAGAAAGAAUGCGAGGAGGUUGUGUGUCCCAUUACUCAAUACUGCGUCCGAGGUGUUUGUGUAUGUCUACCAGGAAAGUUUUGUUAA